CCACGGGGAGGCCGGCCCGCGCCCCCUGAGCUACGGACACCAGGGCGCUCGCCAUGGCCCCGCCGCUCCUGCUGCUGCUGCUGGCCAGUGGAGCGGCCGCCUGCCCACUGCCCUGCAUCUGCCAGAACUUGUCCGAGUCGCUCAGCACCCUCUGUGCCCACCGAGGCCUGCUGUUCGUGCCGCCCAACGUGGACCGGCGCACAGUGGAGCUACGGCUGGCUGACAACUUCAUCCAGGCCCUGGGGCCGCCGGACUUCCGCAACAUGACCGGGCUGGUGGACCUGACGCUGUCCCGCAACGCCAUCACCCGCAUCGGGGCCCGCGCCUUCGGGGACCUGGAGAGCCUGCGCUCCCUGCACCUGGAUGGCAACAGGCUGGCGGAGCUGGGCGCGGGCAGCCUGCGGGGCCCUGCCAACCUGCAGCACCUCAUCCUCAGCGGCAACCAGCUGGGCCGCAUCGCGCCCGGUGCCUUCGACGACUUCCUGGGCAGCUUGGAGGACCUGGACCUGUCCUACAACAACCUGCGGCAGGUGCCCUGGGCCGGCAUCGGCUCCAUGCCCGCCCUGCACACCCUCAACCUGGACCACAACCUCAUCGAUGCGCUGCCCCCGGGCGCCUUCGCCCAGCUCAGCCAGCUCUCCCGCCUCGACCUCACCUCCAACCGCCUGGCCACGCUGGCGCCCGACCCGCUCUUCUCCCGGGGCCGCCACGCCGAGGCCUCGCCCGCGCCGCUGGUGCUGAGCUUCAGCGGGAACCCCCUGCACUGCAACUGCGAGCUGCUCUGGCUGCGGCGGCUGGCGCGGCCCGACGACCUGGAGACCUGUGCCUCCCCGCCCGGCCUGGCCGGCCGCUACUUCUGGACGGUGCCCGAGGGCGAGUUCUCCUGUGAGCCGCCCCUCAUCGCCCGCCACACGCAGCGCCUCUGGGUGCUGGAGGGCCAGCGGGCCACGCUGCGGUGCCGGGCCCUUGGCGACCCCGCGCCCACCAUGCACUGGGUUGGCCCCGAUGACCGGCUGGUGGGCAACUCCUCCCGGGCCCGGGCCUUUCCCAACGGGACCCUGGAGAUUGGGGUGACGGGCUCCGGGGACGCGGGGGCCUACACCUGCAUUGCUACCAACCCGGCCGGCGAGGCCACGGCCCGCGUAGAACUGCGGGUGCUGGCUCUGCCCCACGGGGGUAACGGCAGCACCGAGGGGGGCCGUCCCGGGCCCUCGGACAUCGCGGCCUCAGCCCGCACAGCUGCGGAGGGCGAGGGCACGCCUGAGUCGGAGCCGGCCGUGCAGGUGACGGAGGUGACUGCCACCUCGGGGCUGGUGAGCUGGGGGCCGGGGCGGCCAGCGGACCCCGUGUGGAUGUUCCAGCUCCAGUACAACAGCAGCGAGGACGAGACCCUCAUUUACCGGAUCGUCCCCGCCUCCAGCCAUCACUUCCUGCUGAAGCACCUGGUCCCGGGUGCCGACUAUGACCUCUGUCUGCUGGCGCUGUCACCCGCCGCUGGGCCCUCUGACCUCACUGCCACCCGGCUGCUGGGCUGUGCCCACUUCUCCACGCUGCCAGCCACGCCCCUGUGCCACGCCCUGCAGGCCCACGUGCUGGGCGGGACCCUGACUGUGGCUGUGGGUGGGGUGCUGGUGGCUGCCUUACUGGUCUUCACUGUGGCCUUGCUGGUUCGGGGCCGGGGGGCCGGGAACGGCCGUCUGCCCCUCAAGCUCAGCCACGUGCAGUCACAGACCAACGGAGGCCCCAGCCCCACGCCCAAGGCGCAGCCCCCACGCAGCCCCCCACCUCGGCCCCAGCGCAGCUGCUCCCUGGACCUGGGGGACAGCGGCGGGUGCUACGGUUACGCCAGGCGCCUCGGAGGGGCCUGGGCCCGCCGGAGCCACUCUGUGCACGGGGGGCUGCUCGGGGCCGGGUGCCGGGGGGCUGGGGGCAGUGCUGAGCGGCUGGAGGAGAGCGUGGUCUGAGGGCCGGGAGCUGGCCUGGGGGUGGCAGGCCGGGGGGCGGAGGGUGUGGCCGGGCGGCCUCCUGGCCGGUGGGUCAGCGCUGCCAGAGAGCCCAUCCUGGCCCUCCCCUCGGUGCCUCAGGCAGGACCCUUGCCCUGG